AUGGUGGUGUUUGAGGAUGUGGCUGUGGACUUCACCUGGGAAGAGUGGCAGCAGCUGGAUGAGGAGCAGAGGACCCUGUACCGGGAUGUGAUGCUUGAAAUCUACAGUCACCUGGUGUCUCUGGGACAUUCACUCACCAAACCAGAAUUGAUCAUCAAGUUGGAGCAAAGAGCAGAGCCAUGGAUGGUGGAUCCCCCAAAGCACAGCCUCUCAGAUAUUCAGCUUGAGCAAGACUUGAUUGAACAUAACCAGAGAAAGCUGUAUGGACAGUUUUGGCGAGAUGAAACUCCCAAGAGGAAUAAAAGAACAAACGAAAGAAAUGAUCACAAAAUUACUUUUAAUUGUAGCUCUAUCCACAUUUCAGAAGUGGCAGUAAAUAAUGAAACAUAUCCUAUCAUGAUUCCCAAGAAACUCGAUUCAUAUAUGAACAGUUUUCAGACUAAUGAUCCUCAUGAAAUCCACCCUAUACAGAAUCUUGAGACCUACAAAACAUUCCGAAAUAUCACUGAUCAUCCAGAAAUGCAUGGUGAUAUAAAACAUCAUGAAAAUCUGAAAGAUGAUCAGUGUUCAGUCCUCAAUAUACAUCAGGGAACACAAAUUUUAGAGAAAACAUAUGAACGUAAGGAAUGUGAAAAAAGUUUAUCUCAAUCACGAAGACUCAGUGUACAUCAGAGAAUGAACGCAGAGGAACAAACAUUUGAAAGGAAAGAAUGUAGAGAAACUUCAUUAGGUACGCCAAAUCUCGUUAAAUAUGUAAAAAUAUACACCGAAGGGGAAUCCUGUGAAUAUAAAGAAUGUAGGAAAACUUUCUCAUGGAAGUCACAGCUCAUUCACUAUGAGAGAAUUCACACAGGAGAGAAAACCUAUGAAUGUAAAGAAUGUAUGAAAAUUUUCUCACGGAAGUCAAAUCUCACUAUACAUAUGAGAAUUCACACAGGAGAGAAACCCUACGAAUGUAAAGAAUGUAGGAAAACUUUCUCUUGGAAGUCAUCUCUCACACAACAUAAGAGAAUUCACACAGGAGAGAAACCCUUUGAAUGUAAAGAAUGUAGGAAAUCUUUCACUCAGAUGUCAAGCCUCACUCAGCAUAUGAAAAUUCACACAGGAGAGAAAUCCUAUGAAUGUAAAGAAUGUAGAAAAACUUUCUCACGGAAGUCGUUCCUCACUCAACAUGUAAGAAUUCACACAGGGGAGAAACCCUUUGAAUGUAAAGAAUGUAGAAAAUCUUUCUCCUAUAAAUCAUGCCUCACUGACCAUGAGAGAACUCACACAGGAGAGAAACCCUAUGAAUGUAAAGAAUGUAGGAAAACUUUCUCCCAUAAAUCAAGCCUCACGGACCAUGAGAGAAUUCAUACAGGAGAGAAACCCUAUGAAUGUAAAGAAUGUAGGAAAAGUUUCUCCUAUAAAUCAAGCCUCACUGACCAUGAGAGAAUUCAUACAGGAGAGAAGCCCUAUGAAUGUAAAGAAUGUAGAAAAACUUUCACACAGAAGUCAACCCUCACUCAACAUAUGAAAAUCCACACAGGAGAGAAACCCUAUGAAUGUAAAGAAUUUAGGAAAACUUUCUCCUGUAAACCAAGCCAUGAAAUAUUUCAUAAAGAAGAGAAACCCUAUGAAUGUAAUGAAUUAGGACAAUUUCCUCAAGGAACUCAUGCUUUACUCUUCAUAUGAGAAUUCACAGAGGAGAGAAACCCUAUGAAUG